AUGCCCAUCAGACAGCUUGAAUCUUUCAUAAAUGAAAAGAAAUUAAGUAAAUCCACUUCGCUUUCUUCUUUAAGGGAUACAAGAUUAGGCAUUGAAAUGCAAACUUAUUUGAAUAGGCUGUUUGUAGAUCCAAAUUCAAAGGAACCUUUAGUCGCUGCUAUGGGUGGUCAUCCACUCGCUUUAAUGGCUCACAUCGAAUCCGAUCUAAGACUCCUCGAAAAAUGGCACAUCAAACCAAUUUUCAUCUUUAACGGUUUACAGCCUUCCAGAAAAAUGAGAUCUGGUUAUACCGACUCUAGAUCAACAAUACGCUCAAAUGGUUGGUCGGCUUAUGAACAAGGUAGAAUCGAUGACUCAAUAAAUAGCUUCGGUCAAAGGCAAAACAUAUUUCAACCCGAUCUAUUACGCCUUAUUCAUAAACUAUUCAGACAACGUCACGUUGACUUUAUCACUGCCCCUUACGUUUCUUGGCCUCAAUCUGUAUACCUCCUUACUCACCCAAAUUCUUACAUUCACGCUAUUUUUGGUGCAACUGAACACCUCCUUUACCCACAAACUGAUAAAUUAAUUACCUCCAUCGAUUUGAAGAGAGGUUUCUUCAAUUGGAUUUCAAAGAAAUCCUUAUUAAACGAGUUAAGAUUAUCCGAUGAUCAAUUCUUUGACGUUGGUUUACUAGCUGGCAUUGAUAUUUGCCCCACUUUCCCUCCUGCAAAUCAGCAAUUCGAUUUCAAGCAAAUCGUUGAAACUGUCAGGCAAGCAAAAUCCGGUUGGGUCGCUGUACAAAACUUUAUUCAAUCUCAACAAUCAAAUGGUCACGAAUCUUCCUAUUACGUUGAUUCCUAUCAAAAAGCUGUCAUCAUCUUGAACUUUUCCUUCGUCUUAUCAGCUGAGGAAGGUCGCGUUUUACCUUUACCUUUGGCAAUUCCCCCUCCAUCUCCACAACCUGCUCUCUCUUCUGCUGAUAUUCCUUCCGAUUUAGCUGACGUUUUCUCACCUCGUCUACCUGAUGAGGUUUACUUUCAUUUGUGUAGAGGUUUGAUCGGUCCUUGGCCUAUUAACACUCUCGCACAAGGUGGCUUCCAAGAAAUGCCUCCAUUAUGCAAUGGCGAGACUCAGGAAUACAAAAGCUUCGUUAAGGAUUACAUUACAGAGUCUAACUUUGGUCCAAGAGCUGUUGCUAUUGCUUUGAUUGCUUCUGCUUUACAUCCAUUUUGGCGUAACAGACAGGUUCAUGCUCACUAUUACUUCCAUAACCACUCCACACUCGUACCACACAACUCUUCAACAACUACCGAUCUUAUAAAGAGAAUUGAACAUUGGAAUGUUCCUUCUCGUGUCAUUGAGGAUGAAUUGAGGAGACAGAAUUCUUCAACUAUCGAUUUUGCCCUUUGUCUUGGUGCUACAAGUGGUGACAAAUUUGCUGAAAGAACUAUAACAAUCAAGCCAUCAAAUGGUCCUGUUUUACAUAAGAAGGAUGAAAUUGUUGCAAAUACCAUAUGGCGGUUUUUGGAAUUAAGAUCCUUCCUCACACCUCAACACACUCACACACCCUUCGGACGUGCGAUGCAUAAUGCACUCACAGUGUCAAGACUUAAUGACAAGUUCCAAGAGCCACUUGUACUUCUUGUCGAGCUUUUGCGUGCUCGUGUUCUCCAUGAUCGUCACUUUUCAAAUAUACAAUUCUCAGGUGGUCCAUCACUUGGUAGUGAAGAUGAUAAGAGAAGUAUGCUGUUGAUAUACCGUACACUCUCCAUUGUUCCACUUCAUUUCAAAGCAGAGCAUUGGUCAGGACCAUUAUCUAGGGAGCUGCUCGUCUUCAACUCUUUCCACAAGUCACUUUCAAGGUCUUUAAGAACGCUCGUCGAAUCUAUCACCAUCAACGCCUUCCUCAAGAACAACGCAAAGAGAGCACGUGAAGAUUAUCUUGAUAUUGCGCUCUCAUUACCAUUCCAAAAUGAUACCAACACUGGAUUUGGUAUAUUUAUUAAGAUUUACUUAGAUGCAUUGACAACAUUCGCAGAAGGCAGCAUUACAGAAGAAAACAAAGACAGUGACUUUGUAAAUGAAGCCAAACAGUCAGCUAUUGAGGUUUUGGGUGACGCCAUACCCAACGUGAAGAACCCAGAGUCAGAACUUAUGCGAGGAUUUAGAUUUUGGGAUGCUGUUCUUGUUUGUGUGCGCACUCUCAAAGCAGACAAAGCGAUUGAUAUAAAACUGGCUGAAUCAUUCGAAGGAGCCAACAGCUACCUUGACAUGAUGAGACCAAAUUGA